GUGUGAUGCUACAACCACCUUAUAAAGGGACCCACGGUGUGUCUUGAAAUUAGAGCACGUUGCCUACAUUUGAGGUCUCCACACAGUCACUGAAAAGCCGUUGUCAUGCAUUCGUUGAAGGUGGAGGACAUGUUUCAUAUGGCCGAGACGCCGCUCUUCUGGGUCGGGACAUUCACGGUGGCCUCACUUUCUUUGUGGGUGCUCCACCGACUCCUCCAAGGUUUUCGGAUAUGGGUCUUGGGAAAUGGACAGUUGCUCUCUCCGAAACUGGGCAGAUGGGCAGUUGUGACGGGAGCCACAGACGGAAUCGGGAAAGUCUAUGCAGAGGAGCUCGCUCGAAAAGGGUUCGCCAUGAUGCUCAUCAGUCGCUCCCAGGACAAGCUGGAUGACGUCGCCAGGCAGCUUGAGGAGCAAUACAAGGUGGAGACCAGGACCAUUGCUGUGGACUUUGGCCUGCUGGACAUCUACCCCAAGAUCGAGGCUGGACUUGCUGGCCUGGAGAUCGGGGUGUUAGUGAACAAUGUGGGAAUCUCCUAUCCCUACCCCGAGUACUUCCUGCAUAUUCCUGAUCUGGACAAUUUCAUCACCAACAUGAUCAAUGUCAACAUGACCUCUGUUUGCCAGAUGACCCGUCUCGUUCUGCCCAGAAUGGUUCAGAGGUCCAAAGGUGUGGUCCUCAACAUCUCCUCUGCCAGUGGCAUGUACCCUGUCCCACUGCUCACUGUAUACUCCUCUUCCAAGGCUUUUGUGGACUUCUUCUCUCGUGGACUUCAGGAGGAGUACAAGGCCAAGGGAAUCAUUGUCCAGAGCGUGCUGCCCUUCUUUGUGGCCACCAAGAUGACCCGUAUCAGGAAGCCCACCCUGGACAAGCCCACCCCCGAGCGCUAUGUGGCCGCUGAGCUGACCACCAUCGGACUGCAGGACCAGACCAAUGGCUACUUCCCCCACGCUGUCAUGGGCUGGCUUACCACUGUCCUGGUGCCUAUUAACCUGGUCAUCUACUUCGGGGCCAGGAUGAACCGAGCCCAGCGCACCGGAUACCUGAAGAGGAGGAAGCUGAGGGAUCUGGGCAACCAGAGCAACGGGAAGAGUGACAGGCUAAAGAGCGAGUAAGAAGAACUCCAUAGCAACAAAUGGAGACUAGAAGCUGACCAUAGAACUACCAUUCAAGUACUCUGACUACCCUUGACUAUGUCCAUUUUAGAUCAGGGUUUCCCAACCCUCUCCUCGGGAUGAUUAGUUGACUAAUGGAGUCAGGGGUGCCAGUUUAGGGUUAAAACGAUGUGAAACGUCUGGGGAAGCCCGACCAGAGGGUUGGGGAACCCUGCAUUAGAUAAUGGUGUUGAAUAUUCGCUUGACUGUGUUUUACCAUUUUGGAAGGGUGUGGAAGUGUGCCACUGAGCCCAUAUUGAUGUAACUGUAGCAUGUAUUUUGAAUGAAGUGGUAACCAAAGUGGCUGGAACAAAAAUGAAAUGAAAGAAAAGGUAUUUUGUUUUCAGCACAGGGAAUAGUUAUUAUUUUUCUAUGUGACCAAAAAUAAUUGUUUAGAGAAUCAUCUUUAACCGGGGUGAUUUUCGUUGACUCUGCUGUUGUAAGCAGUGAAAUGGUGGUGGGGUAAAUACAUUUUAUAAUAUUUGAUGUACGUAAAAGCAAGCCACAUCUUCAGGGACAUUUACACACUGUGGCUGAAAAGUGUACAAGCGAUCAAAUCUUGAUUCCUCCUGUCCUUGAUUCCUCAUUGCCUUACAGACCUUUCUUAGCUCAUUGGAAGAGAGGCUCAAAGGUCCCACCCCUCGGACCGCUUCCUCCAAUGAGCUUUGAGAGGGAGAAAUCAAGGACCGGAAUAGUCAAAGAUUUGAUGGCUUGUACACUUUUCAGACCUAGCCCAUGUAAGAGAGAGCUCGCUCCAGCCUCCGCUUGUUUGUCUUGACUUGCUGAGUUGUUUGUCAAUCAUGAAUGUUGGCCUUUUGUGUGUCUUUGUUGCACUGACGUAUUCCUUUUUGUUUCCUGACUUGUUGUCCAACCUCAGUCUUGUAAGGUUGUUUUUGUACCUUUUUCCAUCAAAUCCAUAUCACUCUUCUCUAUCAUUCUCAUCCACAUGCCUUCCAGUUCAUGUUGGUAUUGGUCCAAUGAGAUGGACUCUGGCACAUUGAAGUCCUUAUAUGGAGCUCUGAACGAGUGACAUAAUAGUAGUUGUAAAGCUGACAAUACACCCUGUUGGCUUACAGUUCAUAUACUGUAUUGCCGAUGCCAAAGAUUGUAUGUCUUAUAUUGUGCAAGAUUGCAUCUUCGUACAACAACAAGCACAACUAUUUCUGACUGUGUUUGUAUGGGUGUUGGUCUAUUUUAUAGUAUCAGGAAUGUGGAGCAUGGAAUUGCAAUGUACUCCCGUCGCUCUUGCUGCUUCGCACCUGUAUCGAACGUUUCUAUGAUUUUAUAAUAAAUAAAUAAAUACUGUACAAUGUGCUCUA